CUGCCAGAGAACUCAGGGAACGCAUUUCAUUACAGAAGUCAAAUCUGAACAAAUAAUUAAGUGUGGUUCAAGAGCUACCUGCAGCCUUGGCCAUUCAAAACAAGGGAGCUAGCAGAGGGAGGAGAGAAGGAGCAAGUGCAACCCAGGUUUCUGGGAGAGAGGGAAGAACCCUCUUCCUGGUUAGGAGGGCCCUAGUGACACCUGGAAUGAGAACCAUGGUGUUCUUUUUAAUUUUCGCUCACAAGAUGAAACCAGUGUGCAGUGACGUGAGGAAACAGCUUUAAAGGAACAGGUAUUUCUGCUUCAUAAAUUGCUCUUCGAAUCACAAUCGGAUGGAAGUCACACAGGUAGUUAGUUCCCUGGGCUUUCUCGAGUCUGCUGAGUGACAGGAUGCAUUGAGUCAGAAGCUGUGUUGCCUGAACACAAAUGCUCUAAAGGUGACUUGAAAACAUCUGUACUUGGAACUCAGUGACACGCUUGGACUCUUCCUGGAAUGACCCACGGGCUGUGUGUACAUCACCUGUGACCCAGGUGGCGGCUGGUACACUCUGACAAUCCUCCUCUCUUCACAAGAGUGGCGCAUCAGGGCGCACGCCCUGAGAGAAGCCCACAGCAUGGGCGUUCGGGGGCUUGUGCCUUUCUGUCCUUGGAAUUGGUGCCUGUUGCUAGCGACCCUCCAGUGUUGCGGAGCAUCUUCUGAGUUGAACAGAUCCACAGAUUCCUCUGCUCGGCGUGAGCUUAAUGUCCGGUUUGCUGCUGCCAGCUCCCAGCCAGCCGAGACAAUAUCUGUCUUCACACUGGAUUAUGACUACGUGCAAAUUCCCUACGAGGUCACCCUCUGGAUACUCCUAGCAUCACUUGCAAAAAUAGGCUUCCACCUCAACCGCAGGCUACCUGGCCUCAUGCCCGAGAGUUGCCUGCUCAUCCUUGUUGGGGCGCUGGUAGGCGCCGUCAUCUUCGGAACGGACCACAAGUCCCCACCAGUGAUGGACUCGAGCAUCUAUUUCUUGUACCUCCUCCCGCCCAUCGUCCUGGAAAGCGGCUACUUCAUGCCCACGCGGCCCUUCUUCGAGAACCUUGGCUCCAUCCUGUGGUGGGCGGGCCUGGGCGCCCUGCUCAACGCCUUCGGCAUCGGCCUCUCGCUCUACCUGAUCUGCCAGGUCCCGGCCUUUGGGCUGGGCGACAUCAACCUGCUUCAGAACCUGCUGUUCGGGAGCCUCAUCUCGGCCGUGGAUCCGGUGGCCGUUCUGGCCGUGUUCGAGGAGGCGCGUGUGAAUGAGCAGCUAUACAUGAUGAUCUUUGGGGAGGCCCUGCUCAAUGACGGCAUCAGCGUGGUCUUGUAUAACAUCUUAAUUGCCUUCACGAAGAUGCACAAAUUUGAAGACAUAGAACCCGUGGACAUUUUGGCUGGAUGCGCCCGAUUCGUCAUCGUUGGGUGUGGGGGGGUAUUUUUUGGUGCCAUCUUUGGAUUCAUUUCUGCGUUUAUCACCCGUUUCACCCAGAACAUCUCUGCGAUUGAACCCCUCAUCGUCUUCAUGUUCAGCUACCUGUCCUACUUAGUGGCCGAGACACUCUACCUCUCUGGCAUCCUGGCAAUCACAGCCUGUGCAGUGACCAUGAAAAAGUAUGUGGAAGAAAACGUGUCCCAGACCUCAUACACGACUAUCAAGUACUUCAUGAAGAUGCUGAGCAGCGUCAGCGAGACCCUGAUCUUCAUCUUCAUGGGCGUGUCCACCAUUGGAAAGAACCACGAGUGGAACUGGGCUUUUAUCUGCUUCACCCUGGUCUUCUGCCAGAUCUGGAGGGCCAUCAGCGUGUUUGUUCUCUUCUACAUCAGUAACCAGUUUCGGACUUUCCCCUUCUCCAUCAAGGACCAGUGCGUAAUUUUCUACAGUGGUGUCCGAGGAGCUGGAAGUUUUUCCCUUGCGUUUUUGCUUCCUCUGUCUCUUUUUCCUAGGAAGAAAUUGUUUGUUACUGCUACCCUAGUCAUUAUAUAUUUUACUGUAUUUAUUCAGGGAAUCACAGUUGGCCCUCUGGUCAGGUAUCUGGAUGUUAGAAAGACCAAUAAAAAAGAAUCCAUCAACGAAGAACUCCAUACUCGUCUGAUGGACCACCUGAAAGCUGGAGUUGAAGAUGUGUGUGGGCAGUGGAGCCACUACCAAGUGAGAGACAAGUUUAAGAAGUUUGAUCAUAAAUACUUACGGAAAAUCCUCAUCCGAAAGAAUCUGCCAAAAUCGAGCCUUGUUUCCCUGUACAAGAAGCUGGAAAUGAAACAAGCAAUUGAGAUGGUGGAGUCUGGGGUUCUAAGUUCUACAGCCUUUUCCACCCCCCAUCAGGCCCAGAGGACACAAGAAACCAAAAGACUUUCCCCUGAAGACGUGGAGUCCAUGAGAGACAUUCUGACACGAAACAUGUAUCAAGUUCGACAAAGGACCUUGUCCUACAACAAAUACAACCUCCAACCCCAGACAAGCGAGAAGCAGGCGAAGGAGAUUCUGAUCCGUCGUCGGAACACCUUCAGGGAGAGUGUGAAGAAAGGGCACAGCCUGCCCUGGGGGAAGCCGGCUGGUACCAAGAACAUCCGCUACCUCUCCUUCCCCUAUAGCAAGCCUCUGCCAGCAGGCAGAGACAUGAAGGUGGCUGAAUUCACAGAUCACGACGGCAGUGACUCAGAACUCCCUCCCAUCACGUUCAACACACACUCUCCAACAGAGACGAUUCAGGAAAGACGAUGGACACCUGAAGUCAUCCCGAUGAAGAGCUUACGUGGAGCAGGGACGCCACCGCACUUCGGUUACCGAAGAAACGCUAGCCGAGAAGAGCACCUGGGCAGGGGCGGAAGGGCGAUUUUGAGGCCCAAACCGCUCUUUCACGCAGUGGAUGAGGAGUUCGAAUCCGAGGAGGAGAGUGAGGAGGAGGCCCCAGCAUUUGGGUCCCUACUGUCAUCGGACCUCAGACCUGGCAGGGACUGCAACGUGUUCCACAGGCCUUUGCUCCAAAGAAAGUAGUAUCGUGGUGUCAUGUCCACCGGAUUGUUUCUGGGUUUUUCCAGAGUCCAUUGUCUGCUGAUUAUGUUGAAAGCAGGGUGUUCAGAGGUCUGGAGAGAGUUAGGGUUUUUGGAAGCUAUUAGACAGCAAGACUCUGUAUUCUAUAAGACAUGAUUCUGUAAGACUCUAUUAGACAUGAUUCUGUAAGACUCUGUAAGGGGGAUUUUUCAGAGGGCCAGGAGCACACUUGCCGGUUCUGCCAUAUUCUCAGCUAUGCUUCACAGUUGAAUUCUCUGCAGAGGACAGACAUCCAUCCCCGCAGGAAGUACUCACCAAGUGUGCCCUUAGUGUAAUUACUGAGAUACAGGCAGGACUGGGCAGUAAUUCCCCUUGGCCCUACUCAUGUCUGUGUGUGCUGUUUCUCAGUCGUGUCUGACUCUUUGUGACCCUUUGGCCUAUAGCCCCCCAGGCUCUUCUGUCCAUGGAAUUCUCCA